AUGGCAUACUUGUGGUUGGAAAAUGAUCAUAGAUCCAUGGAAGAACAUAUCAGAAGAUGGGAUGCAGAGGGUGCACCUCUAACCACUCGUACACGGCAACACAUCAUACCAAGUCCUUAUAUUGAAGAUUAUCUACGUCAAGCUGGAUUUUUUGAGGUUUCUCAAAUAGGGCGUUACAAAAUUGAUAGGCACAACGUAACCGCUCUUGUAGAAAGAUGGCGGUCCGAAACACAUACUUUUCAUUUUCGAACGGGUGAAUGUACAAUCACGUUGGAAGACGUAUAUAUUUUACUCGGCUUACCUUUUGGAGGACCAAUUGUUACGGCUCCUCCAAAUCUUCCGUGGAAUAAUUGUGCUCAAUUGUUGGGAAUAACUCCUCCAACACACAAAACUGAUGGUUUUACUCUCUCGUUGUCGUGGUUAAAGGAUAAUCUGGUCGAUAAUAACUUCAGUGAACAAUCUCCUUCGAAGGUAAAAAUGCAACACACUAGGAGGUACCUACUAUACCUCUUUGGAGGGUUCUUGUUUCCUAAUACAAAUGGAUUAUUUGUGCACAACUCUUGGUUGUAUUUGUUAAUGGAUUUUAAUGAAACAAGAAAUUAUAGUUGGGGAUCGGCAGUUUUGGCUUACCUUUAUCGUGGCUUGUGUGAGGCAUCACACCCAAAUAUAAAAGCACUAUCUGGAUGUCAUUUCCUGUUACAAGUUUGGGGAUAUUGUCGGUUGAGUUAUAUCGCUCCGAGAAAUGAUAACCCACUCCAGUGGCCGCUAGGAUUAAAAUGGACAGGUGCAGGUUCAAGAUACUACGAGAAUCCAAGCCAUGACACUAUAUCUUGCAGAAUAAAGUUUGAUGACAUACUGGAACAUCAAGUAAUAUUAUAAUUGA